UGCGAAUAUUUCUUGCUGCCUUUUUGACAGAUACAUAUAUAGAUAUAUGUUGUGCCUUGACAGCUAUAAUUUCUUUGAAAGGUUAGAAUCGAGUACGAUCGGUGAGCUGUUUAACGUUCAUUUAAACGUAUUUUACAUCACUAAUGUGCCAUGGAGGAGGUUGACAAUAUUAUUAUACAUUCUUUGCGACAGAUUGGCUGUGACAUAGAAGAAGAUGUAACUAAUUUGAGCGGUUUUAAUACUGAAUUGGUAGUCGAAGCCGCAGUUAGAUGUUUAGACAUAAUUCGUCCGGGGCUCGGAGUGUCCACAAUUGUGCCUGCAAAUAUGGCAGCACGAUUCCGACUGGGAGCUACACUGGCUCAAGCUUGUUCGGAACUUGGGUACAGAGGUGACAUCGGCUAUCAAACAUUUCUGUAUAGUUCGGAGGUGGAUCUACGUCGAUUGUUUAUGUUUCUGAUUGAAAAACUACCUAAAGAAAGUGACAAGACACUAAAUGAACCCACCAGCAGAGUGGCCCUCCUCGAAAGACAGAUCGCUGAUGCUGUUUCUCGGGAUCUUUCUGCUCCUUGGCUGCCACAUUAUUGUCACAAACGAGGGAGCCGGAAUAAAGGGUCGACAGAUCAUCAUUUUAAAACAGUUGAUCUAGAUAUACCGAGUCAAGGGAAAGGCGAAGACUAUCAAGACUAUUAUGUUAACUACCAAAAGGCAGUGACUGAACAAGUACCAGAUGAAAAAUACCUCAUACCUUCUCUUGUGACACGUAAUGCAAAAUUACUGCAUUGUGCUCCAACUAAUAUUAUAGAGAGACUCGACUGGUUACAUGCCCAAAGACUGAAUGAAACUGCAGCUGACAUAAUACAAAGUGAAAUUGAAAUUCAGAGCAGGUUUGCUUUGAAUCAAAGACUCCAGUUCUCAGAAUUAGCGCAGGAUACCAAAAACGAGGAAAAAGGCUUGACAGCUCAAUCCAUCUCUGAGGUUUCAACUCCUCUGAGUCGGGAAGAAAAAAGGGAAAUAAAAAUAGACAAAAUUAAAUCAGAAUGCGAGAAUCUCAGAAGUGAUUUGGAUGAACUGCAAAUAAGUGUGAAACAGCUGACCACAAAGUUGUCCCAAGUUAGUGUAAUGUUAAGUACUGAAGAAAAGGAACUUGAGCAUUCUGAAGAAAGGCGAAAAAUCAAAGCGAGAACCUAUGACUUGCUCCCCGAAGGAGAAGAAAAUAUCAAAAAAUUAGAGGCAUUGAUCGAAGCUGGAGCUAAUAAAUUGGCUAACCUUGCAGUACAAUGGGAACGACAUCGGCGUCCUUUAAUUGAGAGAUACAGAGAUGAGAGGGCAAAAUAUUCGACCAAAGCUAGUGCUAGUCGAAAAAAGGUGGACGAACUGAAACUACUCAGAGAAAAGGAGAAAGAACUAUUAGAAGAAUCUCGCAGCAAGGAUCAACAGUGUGCGCAAUUACUUGCCGAGAUUCCAAAAUUACCAAAAGAGGUUAACCGAUCUGCGUACACUCAACGAAUUCUAGAAAUAAUAAACAAUGUGAGAAAACAACGAGGUGAAAUCGACAAAGUAUUGGCAGAUACCAGGGGAAUUCAAAAAGAAAUUAAUACGCUUACCGGAAGAUUGGAAAGGUCAUUCACUGUUGCUGAUGAAUUAAUAUUCAAAGAUGCAAAGACAAAUGAUGCUUCCAGAAAGGCAUACAAACUGUUAGCUACCUUGCAUUCCGAUUGUGGAGAACUGGUCACUUUGGUUGAGGAAACUGGAGCUACAGUAAGAGAAAUACGGGAUUUGGAAGAGCAGAUUGAUUCAGAGUCUGCAAAAAAUGUUGGAGCAAACCUUGAAAGAAUUACCGCAGACUUGAAGCAAAUGCAACAAGAAACGGCAACACUAACUGCACAACUGCAGAGUAAAAACUCGUGAUAGCAGUCGAUAUAGGCAGAACAAAAAUUUAUAUGAAAAUACCUUUUGAGGUAUGAAUGUAUAACUAUUUAAAAAUGGUAAUGAACAGUGCGCUUUUGCAGGCCCGAUGCUUUCUGUUGUUGAAGUAUUGAUAUUUUCUGAGCGUAGCUAUUAAAUAGUGAGAGCUCAUAUGGUAUAAAAAUUUGGAGCCUAAUAAUUGGAGAAGUGCAAACAUCCAACCGUAAAGGUAGUUUAUUUUCUUAAUUUUCUUACGCAAGGAGCUUCAAAUGGAUCAACUUGUUAUAGGUAUACUACGAUGAAUAAAUUAAAUAUAUUAAUUGAUAAUUCCAAGCACUCAAACAGAUGUGUAAAAGUGUACAAGCUUGGUUAUCAUUCAUUAUUACUAUACACUUAUCCACGCCCCUGGGUACAACUACAACGACUUCAAAUGUAGUAAGUAAUGAAUACAUUGGCAGUCUCUUCAUUGAAUCACCGAACCAAUUCGGAUUGCUUGGAUAUAACAUUUUGAGAGUAUGUUUUGGGGGCUGCCUAUCGUAACGUAUAAUUGUUGAUGAAUGUAACCAAUGUAUUAUGAAAAAAAGCAAAAUGAAAAAAACAAUAAAUAUAAAAACGGAAGUACCAAGUCGUUUAAAAGAUCA